AUGGAUCCGGGGCGGGUGCAGAAGGAGCUCGCGGAGCUGAGGCGCGAGGGAGAGAAGUCGGGGAUCACGCUCGAGCUCCUCGACGACGCAGACUUCCGGAAACUCCGGGGAACGCUCGCAGGGCCCAAGGACACGCCGUACGAGGGCGGGAAGUUCGUCGUCGACAUCGAGCUGCCGGACAUGUACCCGUUCCAGCCCCCGAAAAUGCGCUUCCUCACCAAGCUAUGGCACCCCAACGUUUCGUCCGUCUCCGGAGCCAUCUGCCUCGACAUUCUCAAGGACCAGUGGUCGCCAGCGCUCACGCUCCGCACCGCGCUGCUCUCCCUCCAGGUCCUGCUCCAGGUCCCCGAACCCAACGACCCACAAGACGCCCAGGUGGCGAAGCAGUACCUGCAGGACCGGCCGAUGUGGGAGCAGACGGCGCGGUUCUGGACGCAGUCGUUCGCGAUGGGGAAGACCGAGGACGACAAAGUGCGGGGGCUGAUGGAGAUGGGCUUUUCUGAUGAGAUGGCGCGCAAGGCGCUGGCGGACGCGCAGGGCGACGAACAGGCCGCGCUCGAGAGCCUCCUUGCCGGGUUCGCGUAG